UUCCCCUCUGCCAAUAAAGUUUCGCCGCCGCUUGUUGAGGAGCUUCCGGUAAGGACUGCUCACCGGAAGGGGCGUGUCCGAAAAAGGAGCCAGCCGUGAAGCCUCCUUCUGCGCACGCGUGGUUUUAUCCGAGUAGUCGUCUCCAUGCUCGUUUCGGGAGGAUGAGGCUGGCGGCGCCAUCUUGGUUCCUGGCAAAUGGAGCUGCUUCCUGGUUUAGCGCCAGCGCCAUCUAGCGGGCGCCAUCGUAGCUGCGCCGUUUGUUUCUUGCAGAGCUGUCCAAAUGCUAUUUAUUCUGUUACAUUGUGAGAUAUAUUUUGAGUGUUUUUUUAUUAUUAUUCUGCAACAUGCUCUUUUUUUUUAUAAAUAAUUUUUAUUGAAUGAUUUUAUGUUACAAAAAACAAUACAGCCGUACUACCACUAAAUAUCAUUAAGAAAUAAAAAUUACAUACAUCAAUAUUUAGUUUGUUAUUUGUUAUUUACCGUCUUAUUUCCUCCCAAACAUUGCAUACAACAACAAACAUAUGUGCAGACACCCACACCCGCACACCCGCACACAAAAUGAUAAUAAUGAAAGUAAAUAUUUCCCCCCCUUUUAUCUUCCAAAAACUUUUCUUCAACUAUGACUUCCUGUCAAGUCCCUUUGCAUAUAUUUUAUCUUACAUUUGAAUUCUGCAACAUGUUCGCUUCUGCUUUACAUGCCACCUGGAUGACUUUUGGUUUUAAAUCAACAGCAUGAUGCAUGUCAUUAAUUGCUAAAUCAUAUUAUGUAGUGUUAUUAAUUGCUCUGCCGUUAUAAUCCCUGCAAUUAAAAAGCAGAAUUAGUCGCCAUAGACAUGAAUCAGAAUUAAAUAACAUAGAUGCAAUGGAAGAUGUCUAUUGCAUAUAUACACAGAAGCAUUGUACACAGUUCAAUACAUUAGCAGGGUUUUAAGAUUGCUUGCAAUUUUGUUAUGAAUGAAUAAUAAUAAUAGUAUUUUAUUUAUAUCCCACCCUCCCCAGCCGAAGGCGGGCUCAGAGCGGCUAACAACAGUAAAAAUAACACAGCUUAAUAAAAUCACAUUUUAAAUAGGUUUUUAAAAUAGGUUUUAAAUUUAAUAAUGGACGUGCAGUAUGUCGAUAAAUAAUAGAACCAUGGAAGGGACUAGAGAGAUGUUAAUUUGCAUUGUUUUAUUUGUUUUUGUGUUUGGAAAAUUAAUAAAAUGUUGUUACAAAAAAAAGAUGUUCAAAUACCUUCAUGUCUCAGAACCCUGUGUUACCCGAAAGCUGACAACCCUGCCUUUUAAAAACCCUAAGUGUUUUCCCUUCCUGACCCCCUCUUAUUUCCUUUUUAACGGAGCGACGAGGCUGUUCCUAAGCUCCUGCUUAGGCUGGGAUGGUAACCUUACCUGUUACAGGUGGUAACUCAAUUCCGCUGGCAGGAGAGGCCGUUCCCCCGGGAUCUGCCGCUCAUUGGCGGGGACGACAGCCAGCUGCUGCGAAAAAGGACCCCGAUAUGUCGAAACCGCUUUUCAGCCAGGCUCCCGUAAGGAGAUCCCUCCGGUCUUGUUUUUCCCUGUCUCUUGCCUUCGUGGAAGGAGCACAAGGCGCUUGCAAAGUCGACGUACGGAGGGGGAGACUGAGGCAAAGGGCUGCCCCACCGGGAGACCACCUACCGUAAGUUUUGCAAAAGGAAAUGGGAGAGGAAAAAGGGGUCCAGGAGAUGGAUUAGGCCACAGAGCCAUCUAUCUCAGCAUCCUCUCUGUGCAGAGGUCCGCCUUUAGAGGGAAAUUCGCACACAACUCUCUCCUCCAGCAACUGGUACCCAGAAGCAUUUUAUGUCUCCCAACAGCGGAGGAGAAACCAUAAAAUUGAAGACAGCCUUUUCUUUCUCUGGGAAUUUGUCUGGCCCUCGUUUGAAGCUGUUGGCCACGGCUGCGUCUUGUGGCAAUGAGUUCCAUGGUUUGCCCAAAGAUGCCUUUCCCUUUGGACAGCCCUGAAUGGUCCAGCUUCAGGAAUAGGACGUCCCUAUUUUCAGGGGAGAAACAUUGGAGGGGAUGGAAUAGGACGUCCCUAUUUUCAGGGGAGAAACGUUGGAGGGGAUGGAAUAGGACGUCCCUAUUUUCAGGGGAGAAACGUUGGAGGGGAUGGAAGGGAAUCUUUUCCCCCCCACAGGACUCGAACCCACCACCCUCGGAUGAAGCAUCUUGUCCUCUACCAACUGAGCUACCCAAUAUUCAUGUUGCGACCUUUGCUAAUAGGAGUUGUUGCAGACGCUCAGUCGCUUCCGUUAACUUUCCAGCUCUGCAAGAUUCUUCUUAGAGCCCGGCUGACUCUCAGAAGCUACAGGGAAUCCCCAGCCCCCUGUUGGCUGUUGCGUUAUCCCAUGUGGAGCUGAGUUCCCCUGGAUAAACCAAUCAAAUUGCAAAGCAGUGCAGCGUUCAUCUCUUUCCCCUAGCGGGGCGCAAAGACGCCCUCUAAUUAGGCCACACGGGGAUGGGGAACAGGCCGGGCCGGCCGUAUCCAGAGAACCGAGUCCUGGUUUUGCAUCCCAAGUGGGAUGGAUCCCCCAAGCAACCGCCUGCUUCUGGGCCCUGGGUGCGAAACACGAAAGGCCUCGGAGCUGAGAUCACAAUUCUGCUAGGAUUAGUCCUAGGUGGAAUCUACAACCGUAUAUUUUAAAAACCUGCUUUUUUGGGGGGGGGAAUGUUUUGAAAAAGACGUCGAAUUUUGCAUAGCUCGCUGUUGCCAUCUAGUGCUGCCUUUGUAUAUUGCACUUUAACAACAACAACAACAACAACAACAACAACAACAACAUAAUAAUAAUUUUAAACAUUUUAUUUGCAGCUGAGUCCCCUAGCGUAUAAAAGCCGUAAACAGCUUUGGAUCCAAAUACCUCCAAGAGCAUCCAUCUCAGACCCUACGAUUGGCAGGUGGUUCCUUCUUAGUGGUGUCCCCUCUGGAGCUGCCACAGAGAAGGCCCUGCCCUCUCCCCUGAGCUUCUGAGGGCAGCAUGAGCAGCCGCGAGGGUUCUUCUGACCCUUUUAAUACCAGUUAUCCAGGGCCCAAUGAUAAUAAUAAGGUUAUUAUUUAUACCCUGCCCAUACAAUCUCGGCUGUAUCAAAAUAUGGGAUUUUAAUGGAACCCUGCCUUUGGGGGCAGAUGGAGGUUUGGGGUUGUCUCCAAGGGCAGCCCAGCAAUCCAGCCGGGAUGUUUGCAGACGAGGGGGGCCAGGUUAUUUCUGUCCCAAAGGCGGCAUGCUUAACUCGAAGACCCUUGGACUUAUUUCUGAAGAAAUACCCUACAUUUUUAACAUCUUUUAAUCUGUCUGUUUCAGAAAUCAAGAACGCAGCUGAGAUGAAGAGUCUCAAGGCCAGGUUUAAGAAGUCUGAUGUGAGUUGUUGUUAUUGAAAAUGCAUCUCUGGGUUAUUUGUGGGGAAUAGGAAUUUGUUCAUUCUUCCCAAAAAAUAUAGUCCAGCCCCCGACAAGGUCCGAGGGACAGUGGACCGGCCCCCUGCUGGAAAAGUCUGCUGACCCCUGGACUGGAAGCUCUCUGUCUUAUCCGGAUUGAACUUCAGUUCAGGCAAGUAAGCCUGGGGAACCACCUGCUACUAGAUAGAACCUCUCUGUCUUAUCCGGAUUGAACUUCAGUUCAGGCAAGUAAGCCUGGGGAACCACCUGCUACUAGAUAGAACCUCUUUGUCUUAUCUGGAACGAACUUCAGUCCAGGCAAGCAAGCCUGGGGAACCACCUGCUACUGGAUAGUUGAUCCCCGUGGUCCCUUUGGAAGGAUUCCGGUCGCCGUGGGGUUUUUAGGACCUUGCAGGGCGGGAGGGAACCGGGCUGCCUUCUCCUGCCGCUGGGGGGAGACGCUUCCCUCCUCCUCCUCCUCCUCCCUUGGCCUCUGAUCUGCUGCUGCAAGCCGGCUUUGCUGCCCGUUAUCCCAGCAUCAGGACCGCUCGCCAGCAUCCUUCAUCUUCCCCUGCAUCCCUCAUCCCUGGUCCUUCCUCCUGCGCCGCCGGCUGAGAUCGGAUGGAUGGCUACCCGAUACUUCCUGGGAGGGACGAUGAAGCAAAUUUGCUUCUGCGCUGCCUCCUCCUUCGCGGUAGGCUCCCCCCCCCCCCACAUUCUGCAUUUUUUGGGUACCCCCCCUCCGAUCCUCCUCCCUUUUCUCCCCCUCCGAUGACCCCCCCCCCGCAAUUGCACCAUCUCCUCUGUCCUCGUCUGGAGCCGAACGAUCACCGUCGCAUUUUAUCUAUUCGUUUUUUGGUGAAAGAGGCUGCCUUGGGGAGCGGGGUGGGGUGGGGUGGAAUUCAGCCUUUAGGGAGAUGCACUCUGUACAUGCUCUGUGGUGGUGGGGCUAGACACACACAGAUGUGCUGUGUAAGGUUGCUUUCCACCCAUGAAUAGAACCUUAGCAAGGGAAAGAAAGGAAUAGGGGUGGUGUUUUUUGUGUGAUUUCUGUUUUUUGGCAGGGAAGAUAGAGUUGAAUUUGUCCCUUAUUCCUUGUCCCAAUAGUCCCUGAAUAUAUAUUCCUUGUCCCAAUAUUCCCUGAAUAUAUAUUCCUUGUCCCAAUAUUCCCUGAAUAUAUAUUCCUUGUUCCAGUAUUCCCUGAAUAAAUCCUUCUUUGUUGCAUUGGGCAAACGGCCAAUUUUCUUCAUCCUCAUCCACUGAAGAAGUCGGGGACGUAUAAUUCUCUCUCUCUCUCUCUCUUUUUCUCUCGUUUAAUUUAAUUCGUUACAGUCCAAUUUUAGCUUUCCUUGCCUUCCAGGGAUAAUCUCCCCCCCCCUCCCCACAUUUCACAACAACCCUGUGAGGCUGAGAGAUGGGGACUGGCCCAAAGGUCACCUUAGGGAGCCUGACGGCUGAGCCGGAAUUCGAACCCGCGUCUUGCUGGUUUCCGUCUUCUACCUACAUUAUCAAAUCUCUUCCAUUAUUAAAUCUACCUGUUUUAUUUCUUUUGAAACCCAAUAAUGCGCCCUUUUCGGCAUUCCUUUUCUCCAUUUGCAACACCCCUGACUUCCACCCGCAAGUCCUUUUUCACCUUUCCAAGGAUAGACACCUGAGAUAUAACUUUGAACGCAGAUCAAUUGAUUCCUUAUUUCAGUUACAGCCAAGUUACCCCGUGGAAGGAAAAACAUUCUCCUUCUAUUUCCCAGUGUUUGCUGUUUCUCUUACCUUUUUAGCUAACACCCAGAAAAAGAGGAUGCGUGAUGGGAAAAGAGGCCCCAUGAUGGCUGGGUCAUGACCCACUAGAACCGUAAAGUUGGGAGCAGGGGGUCCCUCAAAGGUCAUCCAUCCCAACCCCGCUGUGGUGCAGGAAUCUCAGCAAAAGGGUUUUUAUUAUUGCAUUUGUAAUUUUUUGCUGGAAGCUGCCCAGAGUGGCUGGGGAAACCCAGCCAGAUGGGCGGGGUAUAAAUAAAUAAAUGAUGACCCAGAGCCCUGAAUCAGGUUUUAUUCUCCCCCCCCCCCCCAAAAAAAAUUAUUAGUUUUCCAAAUUUAUAACAAACAAAUAUAAAAAAAAAUCAACAAACAGACAUUUAUCUUAACUGUAAUAAUUUCAUUUUUGUUAAUAUUGUUAGGUGACUUCCUGGAGUCCCCCUGGCUGAGUUUCCAUAUAAAUCAUUGUAGCAGUUUUCCAAAACUAUUUUCACAUAAAAUUUACUUGGUCAAUUAAAAUCUUUAUUCCUUUUCGUUUUAACUUUUACCAUAGUAUUCUACAACAUCACAAAUUUAAGUCCUAGGCCAACCUGAUACUCGCGAGUACUUCUGUUUAAAUUAUCUUAACAUAUUUAGCUAAAUAAUCUUUAAAUUUCUUCCAUUCCUCUUGAUACUCCUCCUCCUUCUGGUUGCAGAUUCUUCUGGCCAGGUCUGCUAGCUCCUAAAAGCCCACCAUCUUCAUCUGCCAUUCCUCCACUGUUGGGACUUCUUGUAAUUUCCAAUUUUUGGCCGACAAAAUUCUAGCUGCAGUUGUGGCACACUGACAUCUUUCUUGGGCAAUUCCGGGUUUUAUUCUUGCUCCGGCUGCAUAUUUCGCAGCGCAGUCCCCCCGCCUCUCCUUGCCCCUUCCCUGGCAGAGUAGGGGGGGAAGCGUUAAGACUGGCCCGCCUCGCAAGGUGGUCGUUAUUGUAAGGAGACUUACGCGAGAAGAGAGAACCGUUUCUCUAAAAGCUCUGCAAAAGGGGGUUUGUAACUUGCCAGAAUCUGCCCUCUGCCACUGCAGUGAACUCCCCCAAACCGGUCCACACUUUCCACGUUCUUGGGAGGGCAAGGCAUCCUAAGUUUUCCCUUCUACGACGGUUGUCCUUCUUCCAAACUCAUUGGAAGCCGGCUGAUGGGAUCCUCUAAUCUGACCUAGUUUGCAAGCCCUGGCUUAGGAUAUUUUAAGGACACGAACCCCCCCCUCUGCGGAGGCCUGCAACUCCCCUGCUUGCCGGAUGCUCGCCAUUGAGACAGCAGCUCUCAGACAUCGCUGGUCCCUGCCAUCUCCCCCCGCCCCAUAAAUCGACAGAGGAAAGGAAAUAAUAAUAUUAAUAAUAAUUUAUUACUUAUAUCCCACCCAUCCGGCUGCGUUUCUCCAGCCACUCUGGGCGGCUCCCAACAGAAUAUUAAAAACAUGAUUAAAAACUUCCCUAAACAGGGCUGCCUUCAGAUGUCUUCUAAAAGUCAGGUAGUUCUUUCUCUCCUUGACAUCUGAUGGGAGGGCGCCACCACCGAGAAGGCCCUCUGCCUGGUUCCCUGUAACCUCACUUCUCGCAGGGAGGGAACCGCCAGAAGACCCUCGGGAGAUGGACCCCGGUGUCCGGGGUGGAGAUGCUCCUUCAGGUCUACUGGGCUAUUUAGGGCUUUAAAGGUCAGCACCAACCCUUUGAAUUGUGCUCGGAAACAUCCUGGGAGCCAAAGUAGGUCUUUCAGGACCGGUGUUAUAUGGUCUCCACUCCCAGUCCCCAGUCUGGCUGCCGCAUUCUGGAUUAGUUGCAGUCUAAUAGGGACGUCCUAUUCCAUCCCCUCCAACAUUUCUCCCCUGAAAAGAGGGACGUCCUAUUCCAUCCCCUCCAACGUUUCUCCCCUGAAAAGAGAGACGUCCUAUUCCAUCCCCUCCAACGUUUCUCCCCUGAAAAUAGGGACGUCCUAUUCCAUCCCCUCCAACUUUUCUCCCCUGAAAAUAGGGACGUCCUAAGGAAAAGCAGGACAUUCUGGGAUCAGAUCAGAAACCGGGACAGCUUCUGUAAAUCUGGUACCCUCCUUAGAAAACAGAGACACUCACAGAGGGUGUGAGUUGAGCAGGGAAGAAGAAGAAAACUCUCAAAUCUGUCUUUGUGCAAGGAAGCAUUUAUAUUUUCCCUUACGGAGCGAGUCGAGGCAAUCGCUGUAUCCUCAACCUGUGGGUCCCCAGAUGUUGUUGAACUACAACUCCCAUCACCCCUAGCUAGCAAGGCCAGAGCUCAGGGAUGAUGGGAGUUGUAGUCCAACAACAUCUGGGGACCCACAGGUUGAGAACUGCUAAGCUAACCAACACGGUGCCCUACGGAUGCUAGGCUCCGGCUGCCUUCAUCCCUGAUCUUCGGCCGCGCCGGGUGCUGUGCUGGGAGUUGUAGCGUAGCACAGAGGACAUUUCAGCACCCCACAGCCCAGGGGUUUGUGUGCAUUUUAUGGGAGGGGAAAAGCUGAUUUAGAGAUUCCUCUGGCCAGUCUACUUGGAAAGCUUUUGCCAUCUCCUGAGGUCAAACGACCUUGUCCUGGGCGCCCGGCCUUCGAAAACCAGGUCCUUUCGGAUUAACCAACGUUGCCGUGGAAACCAGGUGAUUUCCGGGGAAUACGAGCGAUUAAUCCGCAAUCUGGAGGCCAGGAGGAUUCUGCAAAGCAUAGCAGCCUUUUCUUUAAAAAUAUGUGUUUUAGCAUUCUUUUUAGUUCCUCCUAGAUCAGUGAUGGCCAAACUUGCAUCUUUCCUGCUUAUUCCCAAAUGCAUAUUUCCCUGCUGUUCCCCGUUCAAAUCUUCCUUGCGUCGUGUUUAUUUAGCUUUUUAAUAUGAUUUUUACUAAUUUCUUUUUUAACACAAUAACAAAACAAAUAAAUCCUUUGCUCUGCUGAGCUCUUGACUUCCCUCCAUCCCUUCAACCGGUUUUUAAAUGUUUAAAACGACUCUUUGUCUGCAAAACAUUCCCUGUCCUGCCUAAAACCUGCCUCUUCUCCAGCUCUGCUUUCAACGGUUCAAUUUCCAUUUCCAUUGUUAAAUUUGCCAGUUUGGCACGCUCCGCAAACCUCUCAUUCUAGGCGUGUUGAUCCAAACGGCGCUUGACCUUUUUGCUGUUUUUCCCCUCUUCCUUUUCCUUUUUUUUUGGGUUUACAGAGCCAGGACUGGAGCAAAAAUGACGAGAAACUCCUGCAGGCGGUGGAAUACAAUGACGCCGACCGGGUCUCCUCGCUCCUCGUCCGAAAGGGCCUUGUCCCCACCAAGCUGGACUCAGAAGGGAAAUCGGCGUAAGCCCAAAUAACCUGAAUUUCACAAUCAGUCAGUCAGUUUUAUUGCACAUAGCCAAAGGCUGCCGCAACGCACACAGAAACAUUCAACAAUUAAAAGAAAAUAUGCUCGAUUAAUACAAAAAACAUUUAUAUUAUCAAGAGCCAUAGCUGUCAACUUUCCCCCUUUCUUGCGAGGAAUCCUAUUCGGAAUAAGGGAAUUUCCCUUAAAGAAAAAGGGAAACGUUGACAGCUAUUGAUUCAAGAUAUUACCUACUCUGAACAGAGCUUUGAAAGGACCUUAAUAGACAGGUUAAGACAUUAAACAGUAAAUUUAUAGGCUAAAAUCACCACAUGUUAAAAAAUAAUGUUAAUUAAUGCCAUGUGCAAUUAUAUUCGGAGUUUGGUGAUAAAGAUAGAAUAUAGCUUAGGGUCAAAUAAAUUCAUCUCCUUUACAGUUGGUGGCUAUAUAAUUUACUCUAAUUUUCCUAGCGGCAGUUGCAAAGAGUGCUACACGCCAGGUCACAUACUUAUCUAUGUCUGUGAGGAGAUAUAAAAUCAUGUCACAGAGUCGGGAAAUCGCACGGCCGAAAGGGGCCCGAUGCGAGUCUCGAACCCAUGGCCCUGAGACAAAGCGUCUCCUGAUCUACCGACUGAGCCAUUGUGAAGUCGUGCAAUUAAUCUCAGAGUUGCAGAAUUGGAAGGGGUCCCCCUGGGGUCAUCCAGCCUGACCCCCUGCACCUGCUUAAUCUCAAGUGGCGGGGAUUUCCAAAGUUCUAAACUGCUAAGUUUAUUUAUUUGUAUUUAUUUAAAUUGGUGAGCUUCAUCCGGUGACCCCCCAGGAAAUCCCACCGCCCACCCCACAACUGUCCACUAGGAGAGCACUGCUGUCAAGCAAUGCCCCGGGGGCUUCUAAACCCUCGAUCCGCCGGGUGCUUAGGCCACUGGUUCAUCUGACCCCGAGGUCCCUGGAUUAACAGGGAAAUCCUAGAAUCAUAUAGUCGGGCCCUCAUGAGUCAUCUAGUCCAACCCCUCGCGAUGUGGGAAUCGCAGAUCAAGUGUCGGUCUGUUCCGCAGGUUCCACCUGGCUGCGACGAAAGGGAACACAGAUUGCCUGGAAGUCAUGCUGGCGCACGGAGCGGACGCCAUGACGACCGACGGCUCAGGUGGGUUUAGGGUGCAAAAGCUAUUAUUAUGGAGGUUGAAUCCUGACAAGACAGAAGGACUGUUUUGGGGGACAGGGGGCGGGCAGGUGUGGGGGAUUCCCUGGUCCUGAAUGGGGUCACUGUGCCCCUGAAGGACCAGGUGCACAGCCUGGGGGUCAUUUUGGACUCACCGCUGUCCAUGGAGGCGCAGGUCAGUUCUGUGUCCAGGGCAGCUCCAUCUGGGACGCAGGAUGAGACCCUCCCUGCGUGCGGACUGUCUGGCCAGAGUGGUGCAUGCUCUGGUUGUCUCCCACUUGGACUACUGCCAUGCGCUCUACGUGGGGCUGCCUUGGAAGGUGACCCGGAAACUGCAACUAAUCCAGAAUGCGGCAGCUAGACUGGGGACUGAGAGCGGCCACCGAGACCACAUAACACUGGUCUUGAAAGACCUACACUGGUUCCCAGGACGUUUCCGAGCACAAUUCAAAUUGUUGGUGCUGACCUUGAAAGCCCUAAAUGGCCCAGUAGACCAGAAGGAGCAUCUCCACCCCAGACACCUGGGUCCAUCUACUGAGGGCCUUCUGGUGGUUCCCUCCCUGCGAGAAGCGAGGUUACAGGGAACCAGGCAGAGAGCCUUCUCGGUGGUGGUGUCCGCCUGAGGGUAGCUCAAUUCUGUGUCCAGGGCAUCUGGUGUGCAGGAUGAGACCCUCCCUGCCUGCAAACUGUCUGGCCAGAGUGGUGCAUGCUCUGGUUAUCUCCCGCUUGGACUACUGCCAUGCGCUCUCCGUGGGGCUGCCUUUGAAGGUGACCCGGAAACUGCAACUAAUCCAGAAUGUGACACUGGCCAUUGUCUUCUAAUGACAAUGGCCGGUGCCAGACACCCCCCCCAUAUCUCAUGUUCCUUCCUUCCCCACAGGCUACGCAGCGUUGCACCUGUCGGCUAAGCACGGACACCCGCAAUGUGUGAGCAAGCUGUUGCAGGUAACUCUCGGGGAAUCUUCAUGUGUGGCUUUCAACAGCGGCUGCGCACUGAAUUUGGCCAAAUCCCAAACUGAACUGGGUGGGUUUGGGUUUUCAAGGCGGCUUUGCAAGGAGAGGCAAGGCAACAGCAGGAUCCGCCUUGGCCAUCUUCCCACUGGGUUGGUAUGGGGCUUUCUCCCCGGGAAGCCGCAGGUAGGAUUGGGGGCUCUGCUCCUUUUCACUGCUUAACACUCUCUCUCUCUCUCUCUCUCUGUCUUUCUCUGUCUGUCUUUUGUACUUUCUCUUUGUUUCUCUCUCUCUCUCUCUGUUUCUCUCUCUCUCUCUUUCUCUGUUUCUCUCUCUCUCUCUUUCUUUCUUUCUUUCUUUCUUUCUUUCUUUCUUUCUUUCUUUCUUUCUCUCUUUCUCUCUUUCUCUCUCUCUCUCUCUCUCUCUCUCUUUCUCUCUCUUUCUUUCUUUUUCUCCCUCUUUCUCCCUCCCUCCCUCCUUCUCUCUGUCUUUCUCUGUCUCUCUCCCUGUCUCCCUGUCUCUCUCUCUCUCUCUUUCUUUCUUUCUUUCUUUCUUUGUUUCUCUCUCUCUCUCUCUCUCUCUCUCUCUCUCUUUCUUUCUUUUUCUCCCUCUUUCUCCCUCCCUCCCUCCUUCUCUCUGUCUUUCUCUGUCUCUCUCCCUGUCUCCCUGUUUCUUUCUUUCUUUCUUUCUUUCUUUCUUUCUUUCUUUCUUUCUUUCUUUCUUUCUCUUCCAGGCAUCCUGUCCAGUGGACGUAGCCGACAGCCACGGACGGACAGCUCUCCACCAUGCAGGUCAGCAUAUUUCACCAUCUCCCCAAACCCCAGGGAGCGGGGGUGGGGGUGGGCACUGGCUCCGGGGCAUUUUGCUGCUUCAGGUGAAUCUCAGGUGAUAACCCCACCUCACUUGGGCCAUAUAUAUAUAUAUAUAUUUACAAUCUCAUGUUCCCAUAGCUCAGUUACAUGAACCUUUGCCUAAAAACCAAGGAAUGAACUGCCAUUAUAAUUACGCAUUAUAAUAUGGGAAAUACAGACCUUGUAAAUUUUUCAGUGCUUGUGCAAAGUCUUGUACAUUGUAGAAUAAAUUGCAAGACAACUUGUUUGCUCCUUAGUAGGUUUUUCCCUGCUCUUUUCCCGCAGCUGUCAAUGGUUGCAUCUCCUGUCUUGAAAUCCUUUGCGACUUUAAGGCCCCUUUGAACACCAAGGACAAGGUAAGCGCCGAUCCAAAUUCACGAAAACCUCCCUCUGCGUUGAUUUCCCCCACUGCUGGGUAGGGAUGCAAGAAGGCGCUGUUUUCUUUUCUUUUCAAUCAGUUUUACAGUGGCACCUUGGUUCUCAAACGCCUUGGGACUCAAACAACUUGGAACCCAAGCACUGCAAACCCGGAAGGAAGCGUUCCGGUUUGCGAACCUUUUUCGGAACCUGAACGCGCUGCGUUUUGAGUGUUACGCUUCCGAUUUGAGUGGUAAAUGGAAAAUGGAAGUGUGGCACUUAGAAUGAAAGUGUGGCACUCAAAUCAGAAGCGUAACACUCAAAACGGAGCAGGUUUGGCUUCUGGAAAAAGUUCGCAAACCGGAACACUUACUUCCGGGUUUGCAACGUUUGGGUUCCAAGUUGCUUGAGUCCCAAGGCGUUUGAGAACCAAGGUGCCACUGGUAUUAUGAUAUUUAAAGGCUUCCAUUCUUCCAUGAGGGACGCGGGUGGCGCUGUGGGUUAAACCACAGAGCCUAGGACUUGCCGAUCAGAAUCCCCGCAAUGACGGGGUGAGCUCCUGUUGCUCCAUCCCAGCUCCUGCCCACCUAGCAGUUCGAAAGCACGUCAAAGUGCAAGUAGAUAAAUAGGUACCACUCCGGCAGGAAGGUUAACGGUGUUUCCGUGUGCUGCUCUGGUUCGCCAGAAGCGGCUUAGUCCUGCUGGCCACAUGACCCGGAAGCUGUACGCCAGCUCCCUCGGCCAGUAAAGCGAGAUGAGCGCCGCAACCCCAGAGUCGACCACGACUGGACCUAUUGGUCAGGGGUCCCUUUACCUUUACCUGUUCUUCCAUGAAACAGUUGUCAUUAAGUUCUCUGGUUUUAGCUGUUAACUUUGCGUCAACUCUCCUCUCUGGCGGCAGGAUGGCGCGACCCCUCUCAUGCUGGCGGCGAAGAUGAGUCACUCGGAGCUGUGCCGGUACCUGCUCCACCGGGGAGCCGCCGUCAACGCCAGAGACCAGCGUGGACGGUGAGAGCCUUUUUCCGCUGUGGUGUGUGUGUGUGGCAUUGGGCGGCAUCCUUCCUCUGAACCUCCCCAUUUCCCCCUGCGGCACCGGACAGCGGACCGGAUCACAGAGCAAGUGUGGUGUAGUGGUUAAGAGCGGUAGACUCGUAAUCUGGUGAACCGGGUUCAAUUCCCCGCUCCUCCACAUGCAGCUGCUGGGUGACCUUGGGCGAGUCACACUUCUCUGAAGUAUCUCAGCCCCACUCACCUCACAGAGUGUUUGUUGUGGGAGUAAGGAAGGGAAAGGAGAAUGUUAGCCGCUUUGAGACUCCUUAGGGUAGUGAUAAAGCGGGAUAUCAAAUCCAAAUCCAAAUCCAAAUCCAAUCAAGCCCUCCGCCGUUUCCGUUUCUUUCUGCAACGCCUCCCUGCUGCUUGGUCCAAACAAAGCUACAGUGGUACCUCAGGUUACAUACGCUUCAGGUUACAGACUCCGCUAACCCAGAAAUAGUGCUUCAGGUUAAGAACUUUGCUUCAGGAUAAGAACAGAAAUCGUGGUCCAGCGGUGCAGCGGUAGCAACAGGCCCCAUUAGCUAAAGUGGUGCUUCAGGUUAAGAACAGUUUCAGGUUAAGAACGGACCUCCGGAACGAAUUAAGUACUUAACCAGAGGUACCACUGUACCCCUCUCAACUUAACUGGCCUCGUCUUUGCUUCAGAACAGCCCUGAUGGUGGCUUGCGAGAACGGCAGCGUGGAGACGGUGGAAGUCCUGGUCCACGGUGGGGCAAAGGUCGGCCUUGUUGAUGCCACGGGUCACGACGCGGCCCAUUACGGCGCGGCCGUGGGCAACGCCCUCAUCCAGCACUACCUGCAGGAAGCUGCUCAGCGCCACUCCUGGGCCAGCGGUAAGGAUACCUUCCCUCCGUCGAACUGGGCUUUUUCCUGGUGAGAAGCGGAGGCCAUUUCUGCGUCUCCACGUUCCUGAGGAACUGUAGGCAGGAGGAGGAGACAGGCUCUAAGACGGUUUAAACUCGGCUAGCUCUGCACCUGCCUUCGUCGUCCUUUAAACAAAUGCUCCCCUGAAAAUGCUUAGGCUAGAAUAAAUCACAGCCGCUCAGCUCUGCAAAUCUAAAUACCGUAUUUUCGCUCUAUAAGACGCACCAGACCAUAAGACGCACCUAGUUUUUGGAGGAGGAAAACAAGAACAAAAAUAUUCUGAAUCUCAGCAGCCAGAACAGCAAGAGGGAUCGCUGUGCAGCGAAAGCAGCAAUCCCUCUUGCUGUUCUGGCUUCUGGGAUAGCUGCGCAGCCUGCAUUCGCUCCAUAAGACGCACACACAUUUCCCCUUACUUUUUAGGAGGGAAAAAGUGAGUCCUAUAGAGCAAAAAAUACGGUAGCUUUACUCAUUUCCAGAACUAAUGCCAAAGCAAACAAGUCUCCAUUCGCCAGCAAUAAUGCAAAGAAAAAGGUUCCAAAUGACUCUAAAGGAGGGAGGGAGUUGGUUUCCUUACCGAAAAAAAGGAUCAUGCAAUAUUUGGGUUAGCAAAGACGCAGGCAGUGAAAUCUCCUUUUAGAGAGAUUUGGUUCACUUGCAGGGAGCCAUGGCUGCAUGUCUUCUUGCUUGUUCUGGGAAGCAGGAAGAGGGAAGGCUGAGAAGGUAGGGCAUGCGAAGCCAGACCGAGUCUGGCAACUUGAGCUCAGGGCUCAGGUUAACCCUUUCAUGCACGCAAGUGUGAGUCUGUAACUGUGUAUUACAGCAUCUAAGCCAUCUCAGUUGUUAACAGGGUGAUGAACCUGGGCCUCGCAAGUUAGUUGUUCCCUCACCAUCUUAUUUAAUUCCAUCUUUGUGUUCUCUCUCUCUCUCUCUCUCUUUCUCCUUCUGCUUCCCACAGAAGAGGAAUCGACUGAAGCGUCCUCCCAGGUAACAUUUUCGAGCCCCCAAUCCUUGUAAGGCAGGCGAUGUUGCUGGGGGCACAUUCUCCUCACGUACCUCAUUUGCGUUUUCCGCAUCUAUUUCUUUCUUUUUCCAAAAUAAAAACCAGGCAUCCUCUCCGCGCCACUCUCUGACCAAAGGGAAGAACAGCAGCCCGAGAAAGAGGAAAGCCCCGCCUCCCCCAGGAAGCGCCCCCAGCCAGGUAGGGAAAAUAGGAAGCCGCGUUGGACGUUCGAGUUCCAAAAUAACAUUCAAAAACCGGAACACUCACUUCCGGGUUUGUGACAUUCAGGAGCCGAUUUGUUCGGGAGCCAAGGCUUUUGAGAUUCGAGGUACGACUCUAUAAGUCCUGCUUGCUGAAUUUCAGUUUAAAUAUAUACUGCUACGUUUUUUGGGAAGUUUUUAAUGUUUGAUGUUUUAUCGUCUUUCUAAUAUUCUGUUGGGAGCUGCCCAGAGUGGCUGGAGACACCCAGCCAGAUGGGUGGGAUAUAAACAAACAAACAAAUAUUAUUAUUAUUAUCAUCAUCAUUAUUAUUAGGACCCCCACCCGCCGGACCACAACCCGGCUCCUGCCGAACGGGGCAACCGAGUCAUCACCGCCAAGCCGGCCCGGACCCACCACAAUGACCCUCCUGUUCCGGCUGCGACGGUGAGGAUCCCUUAGCGGUGAUGCCCUUGUUAUGAGAAAAAACUGCUCCUUUUCCCUUAUGGGGUCCCCAAGAGCCCGUCUAGAGUCCUUAUGUAGGUUUUUUAUCGGUAGGAGACAAUAACAGAGGCCAAGCAGAGAAUAUUGAGAAGCAAAGCGGCUAGUAAGCCUGAUCUUUAUUAAACUGUUGCAACAGGGUCCUCACUCCCCACACAGGGAGAGAGGAGAGGAACCCUGAACAUUGGUGUGCAAGCUCUUAUAUAGACUUUUGAAAUUGCCUACCCUGUAGCUCAAGACCACCCCCAAAACAUCACGCAUACAUUACAGAAAGAGGUGGUCCCCAGCAGAAAUGGGAGUGUGUUGCUUCUCUCCUGCCUGCCAGGAGACCUGAUCAAUCAUGCCUUAUCAGUUGCCUUUUCUGGGUAGCCUGGCCGUUCCUUGGAGAUGGUCAAUACUUAGUUCCUGAAUCUCUUACACAUAUUGAUAUCAACUUAACAGAUACUUGCCAGACUGGAUUUGCAAAGGGAGGCAUAAGCCCCUACAGUCCAAGGACCAUUGGAAAGCUUUCCCCAUCUCCUUCCUCCUUGCAGAGAAAUAUUUGAGGUCAAUUUCGGAGAGUCAAAAUGGCCUCAGGAUUGCUCUCCUGUACUAUUUCAGACACGUGGUUGAUAUACUUAUAUAUGUGUUUGCCUUGUACAUUUCUUUUAUAUAUAUAAAAGACCUUAGAAUUCCUAUAACACCCUCGAUAUGGGAAAGGGGACCAGCCCCAUAUCACUCAGCUUUGGGUUUCUCUCCCCCCCACCAGGAGGACCAGGAGGCCUAUGAGGAAAUUGUGCGGCUGCGUCAGGAGAGAGCUCAGCUUCUGCAAAAGAUCCGAAGCCUGGAGCAGCGGCAAGAGACAGUGAAGCAGAAAGUGAGGCGUUCCGGGCUUGAACUUGCUCCCGGUGAACCCGGGGAUCUGUCUCCUGUGCCGUCCCUCAGCCAGACGGCACACACAUAUAUACAGUGGUACCUUGGUUCUCAAACUGAAUCCGUUCCGGAAGUCCGUUCCAAAACCAAAGCGGUCCAAAACUCAAGGCGCGCUGCUUUCCCACAGAAAGGAAUGCAAAAGGGAUUAACCCGUUCCUGACUUUUAAAAACAACCCCUAAAACAGCAACUUAACGUGAACUUUACUAUCUAACGAGACCAUUGAUCCAUAAAAUGAAAGCAAGAAUCAAUGUACUGUACUAUAAAAUAAAUAGGACAGUAUUGUAGAUGAUAAAAAUUGAAAUUAUUUUUUUCUUUACCUGCACUGAUGAUGGUCAUCGUCUGGAUGGGGGGCUUUUAUCCGUUUCCGCAGCCACACAAUUGAUCAGUCAGUAGCUGGACUGGGUUUCCGCACAGUCGCAAAAACAAAUGAACAGAAAAAGCCUCAAAAAGGCAAAAUAAAGAGCGAAAACAAAAGCGCCAAACUUAAUCUGUUCCAGAAGUCCGUUUGGCUUCCGAAAUGUUCAGAAACCAAGGCGCGGCUUCUGAUUGGUGCAGGCACCCCAGAAACAAUAGCUGACAGCCGUGUCGGACGUUCAGCUCCCGAAAAACGUUCAAAAACCGGAACACUUCCUUGCGGGUUUUCGGCAUUUGGGAACCAAGGCAUUUGAGAACCAAGGUACCACUGUAUUUAAAUUUAUACCCUGCCCAUCUGGCUUCCAACACAUAUAAAAAUACAGUCCAACUUCGGUUUUCAAAUGUCUUGGCUGCUGAAUGUUUCAGAAGCUGAAUGCCAAAAACCUGGAAGCGAAUGCUUCCAUUUUUGAAUGCGCCUUGGGAGACGAACAUUCGAUUUCCGAUUUGCGUUUAUCAAUUUCCCCCAUUAAACUUGCCGGCAGUCCCUUUGAUCCUCGGUUUUCGGAUGUUUCGGGACUUCCAGAACGGAAGACAUUCAAAAACUGAGGUUCCACUGUAAUGAUAAAACGUCAAACGCUUAUAGCGACAAUCUGGUCCGAUAUUAAAAAUUGUCACAAUCGCUUUGAAAUAAACAGCUCAUAUCGAAUAAAGCAAUGUUCAAUAACCCAUUAGGAUCCCAUAGUAAAAUUAAACGUCAGUGCAUAAUGAGUAAGUACCGUAUUUUUCGCUCUGUAAGACGCACCAGACCACAAGACGCACCUAGUUUUUGGAGGAGGAAACCAAGAAAAAAAAUAUUCUGAAUCUCAGAAGCCAGAACAGCAAGAGGGAUCGCUGCGCAGCGAAAGCAGCAAUCCCUCUCGCUGUUCUGGCUUCUGGGAUAGCUGCGCAGCCUGCAUUCGCUCCAUAAGACGCACACACAUUUUUAGGAGGGAAAAAGUGAGUCUUAUAGAGCAAAAAAUACGGUAGUUUGCGUUUACACAUCAAUGCAGGCGGCGAGGGUUGCAGAGGCAUGUGCAGAGUGCUUUCGAAUAACAGCCUGUGCAAAGCUGUGAUGGGGAGAUGGCAGGCUGCCUUAUAUGGCUUCAAGAAACCCCACUUACUUAAGAGUAAAACCCUGUUGAAUUGAGUAGGACUCAGGUCACAGUAGACAUGGUUAGGGUCCCUUUGUACGGAAACAAUAUGAAAAAAUAGCAAUAAAAAUCUGUAUAUGCCGUAUUUUUCGCUCUAUAAGACGCACCAGACCACAAGACGCACCUAGUUUUUGGAGGAGGAAAACAAGAAAAAAAAUAUUCUGAAUCUCAGAAGCCAGAACAGCAAGAGGGAUCGCUGCGCAGUGAAAGCAGCAAUCCCUCUUCCUGUUCUGGCUUCUGGGGUAGCUGCGCAGCCUGCAUUCGCUCCAUAAGAUGCACACACAUUCCCCCUUACCUUUUAGGAGGGAAAAAGUGAGUCUUAUAGAGCAAAAAAUACAGUAUAUAUAUAUAUAUGUGUGUGUGUGUGUGUGUGUGUGUGUACAUUUUAUAUAUAUAUAUAUAUAUAUAUAUAUAUAUAUAUAUAUAUAUAUAUUCUCAGGCUCUAUUAAUCCUGUCCAUCUCCCUUUUUUCUUGUCUCCGUUAGCGACUGGACGAUGGGUCUUUGCAUACUCUACAGAAGCAGGUGAGCCUAUUAUCUGCCCGAGAUAAUAUUCGAGGAUGGUUUAAAAAAGGACCAAGAAAAUCGCAUUUAUUACACACCGCAGCAAAUUGAGAUGACGGGGAGAGGAGGGGUGUGUGAGAAAGGCUUAAGUUUAAAAGAUGCCGUUUCUUAGAAAAGGGAACCCAUUGCCCCCGUGCUGAUCGUAGAGUUGGCUGGGACCCUCAGCGGCCAUCUAGACCAACCCCCUGCAAUGCGGGAAUCUCAGCUAAAGCAUCCCAGACAGAUGGCCCUCCAACCUCUGCUUUCGGCUAGCUUUUUGCUUCUGUUGCUUCACGUUUUAAAAUGUUGGAACCAGGGCCGAUUUGGGUUUGAUGAGGCCCUAAGCUCCUGAAGGUAAUGGGGCCCUUUAUAUGUCCAGCUGUCCUUUGUCCACAACAAAUUGUCGCUGUUUUUUUGUGCUGAAUAUAUGCACCUAUAUGGUAAUUUAUGGAUCUAAUAGGUAUCUCAAGCCAUUUGCACUGCAACCAGUCCAUGCAGAAUGUAGGCACCCUAUAUAUAGAAAGGAGCAAACCAGUGAUAUUUUAGGGAGCAGGCGGGGCCCAUGACUUACACCAGAGGAGCCGACACAACACAAAACACGGUUGCUGCACGUCAGUUUUAUUUUAUUUGCUUUUUAUCUUAUAUUUUGGAAAUGUAAAGGUAAAGGGUAAAGGGACCCCUGACCGUUAGGUCCAGUCGCGGACGACUCUGGGGUUGCAGCGCUCAUCUCGCUUUAUUGGCCGAGGGAGCCGGCGUACAGCUUCUGGGUCAUGUGGCCAGGAGGACUAAGCCGCUUCUGGCGAACCAGAGCAGCGCACGGAAACGCCGUUUACCUUCCCACCGAAGGUUGAUCUACUUGCACUUUGACGUGCUUUCGAACUGCUAGGUGGGCAGGAGCAGGGACCGAGCAACGGGAGCUCACCCCGUCAUUGCGGGGAUUCGAACCGCCGACCUUCCGAUUGGCAAGUCCUAGGCUCUGUGGUUUAGACCACAGCGCCACCCGCGUCCCCACUUUUGGAAAUGUACAUCCAAUUUAUUAAAAUACGAGUUAAAAUACAGUUUAAAAUGCAGACUCAUUUUAAUGGUAGCCCAUAGAUCAAACGUUUAAAUGAAUGGAUCGAUUUCUCUCUGCCCCACCAGGUGGAAGAGCUUCAGAAACAGCUGGAGGAGAAAGUUGGGGAAAAGGAAAACCUUGGGAGAGAGUUGGCGGCUUUGCGGAGCCGUCUGUCAUCUGUGGAGGUACCGCAAGCCAUGUGCAUUGGUGGGGUUUGAAAUACACAGCAGACUCGUGAAAACAACGGGCGUUAUUUUUGUGGGUUUACCCCAAUAAGAGCUUUGUUCCCUACGAGCCAAUAUCUGUGGUGGGAUAGUCUUGACAUCUGGAUUUGCAGGGGGGCAAGCAUCCCUGAUAGUCUUGAUCAGGCUAGGAAACCUCGUUGGUCUAAUAAUAACAAUAAUUUAUUAUUUAUACCCCGCCCAUGUGGUUGGGUUUCCCCAGCCACUCUGAGCAGCUCCCAACAGGAUAUUAAAAACACAACAAAACGUCAAACGUUAAAAACUUCCCUAAACGGAUGUCUUCUAAAAGUCAGAUAGUUGUUUAUUUCCUUGACAUCUGAUGGGAGGGUGCCGUCACCGAGAAGGCCCUCUGCCUGGUUCCCUGCAACCUCGCUUCUCACAGGGAGGGAACCGCCAGAAGGCCCUCGGGAGAUGGACCCCGGUGUCCGGGGAGGAGACACUCCUUCAGAUACUGGGCCGUUUAGGGCUUGAAAGGUCAGCACCAACACUUUGAAUUGUGCUUGGAAACAUCCUGGGAGCCAAUGUGGGUCUUUCAAGACUGGUGUUAUAUGGUCUUGGUGGCUGCUCCCAGUCCCCAGUCUGGCUGCCGCAUUCUGGAUUAGUUGCAGUUUCCAGGUCACCUUCAAAGGUAGCCCCACGUAGAGCGCAUGGCAGUAGUCCAAGCGGGAGAUAACCAGAGCAUGCACCACUCUGGCCAGACAGUCUGUGGGCAGGGAGGGUCUCAUCCUGCGUCCCAGAUGGAGCUGAUAAACAACCCCUUUAGACGCAGAAUUGACCUGCACCUCCAUGGACAGUCGGCAGUCCAAAAUGACUCCUGGUGGUCUGGUCCUGCCUGAACCCCUCUUUUUUUCUGCUUCCCCCUGCCCCACGCAGAACGAGAAGGAAAACACCAGCUACGACAUCGAAACCCUUCAAGACGAAGAGGGAGACCUCCUUGAAUUCCCAGGUAUGGUUGUUAUUAGUACUUAAUGAUCAUGUUUCCCCCCCCCUCGAGGACCUUAUUUGAAUAUGCAGAAUAGGCAAAGAUGGCAGGCGUUUGUGAUGUUCUGUUACGUUCUCUGACGUUAUUUUUAUUUAUUGGGAUUCAUUUGAGAUGCGACGAAUCGAAUCGAAAUCGGACUCUGCAGCACGAUGCAUUGCACAGCAAAUGUUGCUGAAUUUAUGUAUAGGCUAAGUAGGCUGAGUGGGACGCGGGUGGUGCUGUGCGUUAAACCACAGAGCCUAGGACUUGCCGAUCAGAAGGUCGGCGGUUCGAAUCCCUGCGAUGGGGUGAGCUCCCGUUGCUCAGUCCCUGCUCCUGCCCACCUAGCAGUUCAAAAGUACAUCAAAGUGCAAGUAGAUAAAUAGGUACCACUCCGGCGGGAAGGUAAACGGCGUUUCCGUGCUCUGGUUCGCCAGAAGCGGCUUAGUCCUGCUGGCCACAUGACCCGGAAGCUGUACGCCGUCUCCCUCGGCCAAUAAAGUGAGAUGAGCGCCGCAACCCCAGAGUCGGCCACGACUGGACCUAAUGGUCAGGGGUCCCUUUACCUUUAAGUAGGCUGAAGCCUAGGGCCUUAGAUGCACUUUCUUGAAGAGGUAAAUUUAGGAUAAAGUUCUUUGUUCCUAUAUAAGAUGCACUUGAAGCCAAUUUAAAAAGAAGUCUUGUGCACAGUGAUGUUGAACAAUUGUUUUGCAUUCUUGCUAUCCUGAUAGCACCUAAGCAAGAAAUUCUGCAAGGUGUUGAAGUGCUGAUGGAAGAUAUUGACCUGAAACCUAUUGAUGAACUUUUGCUCUUUCACCUGUAGGUGAGAUAAAGCCCUAGGCUUACAGCAGAGUCCUCUCUGUCUCGUACAGACCUUUAUCAAAUUAUAUAUUGUUUAUCAAAUUAUAUAUAGUGGCACCUUGGUUUACAACCAUAAUCCGUCCCGGACGUCCGUUCGUAAACCAAAACUGGUUGCAACCCAAGGUGCGAUUUCGCCAGUGGGGCCUCCAAAAUAAAUUUGUCCGUUAUCCCCCCCAAAAUGGGUUGUAAUCCCAAAAAAGUUUGCAAACCGGGACACAUGCGCUUCCGGGUUUGACGUGUUUGUAAUCCAAAACGUAUGCAAACCAGACUGUUUGCAAACCAAGGUACCACUGUACAAGGGGGGAAAAUCAGAUGGGGAAGCAAUCUUGCGGCUAUUUCUUAACUUCAUGGUCACUAACGGCUCUGGAGAGAGGAGUUUUUUGAGAUUCCAAAGAAUCAAAAAUGAAUUAAGGGCCACGAUGUCUCAAGAGAGCAUAGCUGUCAAGCGUCCCUUAUUUGGCGGGAAAGUCCCUUAUCCCAGCGCCGUGUCCCGCUGCUGUCCCUUAUUGAUGAUGUCCCUUAAAUUUCCCGGGUUUCAAAGGAAGCAGCUCCUCUCCCUCCCUCCCUGCCGGCCAGGGAGGAGGGAGGCUCCAACUGUGUUGCUUGGCUGCGUUGCUCACCCAAUAAGGAGUCUAAGAACGACUGGGGGGUGGAGCUUGCAUGCCUUGUGCCGAUCAAAUCGGCCGCGUUGCCUGGGGACUCGCCUUUGCUCAGCGCUUCCCAGCGGAGAGGUGACGGUGGUUUUCCUUGCUGCAUCCCCUUUGCCGGGUUGCUGCGCUGUGGGAACCACUGCUUAAGGCUUCGUUUGGCUGCUGGCUGGGCUUUCUGCCUUUGGCUCGGAGGGGAUCAGAAGUCGAACAUACCUGUGCCCCUUGGAAAAUCCCUUAUUUUGGCUGCUGAUCCCUUAUUUUCGAGGCUGCUGGUCUGUUAUUUUCAAAUCUGUAAGUUGACAGCUAUGCAAGAGAGCCUGUCCGCGCUGAGCAUUCUGUACAUCGAAAGCGACAAACUCAGACAAACAAAUUUGGAUGAAGACAUUUUCUGAUGUCCUUUAGAGGAGAAAUUGUGAGUUGCCGAAUUUUGAAUACCCUCAGCUUCACUCACUUUUGUCUAUAACAGGCACCCCCAACAUUCAGCCCUCCAGAUGUUUUGGGACUACAACUCCCAUCAUCCCUAGCUAACAGGACCAGUGGUCAGGGAUGAUGGGAAUUGUAGUCCAAAACAUCUGGAGGGCCGAAGGUUGCCUACGCCUGGUCUACAACUCUCUUCCAUUUUCUUCUAGUCGUGAAGUUUGGGGAUUCAGAGGGACCUUGCAAGUGGAGCAGCUGAGGGCCGCUCUCCAUCGAAAUCCGGCCCUGCAAGAAACCUUGUCUGUGAUUUGGUUCCCUGGGUUCCCUUGCUGCGGGAUUUCGGCUUUUCUUUAAAGUUGCUCUUGUUUCGACAGGGGCUGAGCUUCUACUCUCGAAAAAGAGUUUGAGUGUCUCCACUGAGGAACUCCUGGCGACCUUGCAAGGACAGGUCAAUUCCCUGACCCAGAAGAACAAGGAGCUGAUGGAGAAGAUACAGGUAAAUGGAGAACUCCUUCACAGCUAUAAUAAUAAUAAUAAUAAUUAUUACUUAUUUAUACCCCGCCCAUCUGGCUGGGUUUCCCCAGCCACUCUGGGCGGCUCUCAACAGAAUAUUAAAAAUGCGAUAAAACAUCAAACAUUAAAAGCUUCCCUAAACAGGGCUGCCCUCAGAUGUCUUCUAAAAGUCAGGUAGUUGUUUAUUUCCUUGACAUCUGAUGGGAGGGCGCCACCACCGAGAAGGCCCUCUGCCUGGUUACCUGUAAUUUCGCCUCUCACAGAGAGGGAGCUGCCAGAAGGCCCUUGGAGAUGGACCUCAAGUGGCCAGGCAGAACGAUGGGGGUGGAGAUGCUCCUUCAGGUCUACUGGGCCGUUUAGGGCUUUCAAGGUCAGCACCAACACUUUGAAUUGUGCUUGGAAACGUCCUGGGGGCCAAUGUAGGUCUUUCAAGACCGGUGUUAUACAGUCUCCACUCCCAGUCCCCAGUCUAGCUGCCGCAUUCUGGAUUAGUUGUAGUUUCUGGGUCACCUUCAAAGGCAGCCCCACAGAGAGCGCAUGGCAGUAGUCCAAGCGGGAGAUAACCAGAGCAUGCACCACUCUGGCCAGACAGUCUGCAGGCAGGGAGGGUCUCAUCCUGUGGACCAGAUAGACACAGAACUGACCUGCACCUCCAUGGACAGCUGUGGGUCCAAAAUGACCCCCAGGCUGCUCACCUGGUCCUUCAGGGGCAGUUAUUCAGGACCAGGGAGUCCUCCACACCAACUAACUUCCCAUCUCCCACAGGUCCUGGAGAAUUACGAGAAGGACGAGAGCGAUGCCGACAUCUCGGCGGACUUCAUCCCCAUCAUCCUGUACGACUCGCUCCGGUCCGAGUUUGACCGCUUGAAGGAGCAACACGUGGAGGCCCAGGAGGCCCUGAAGUCCGUCGACAGAGCUGGCGAGUCGUCCUGCAAGCUCAUCCCGGCGGAGGCCUACGAGCAGCUGAAGGCCGACCAUGAGAAGCAAAUCCGGGCCCUCAAACUGGCUCUGGAGAAGAGCAGCUUCCCGGCCCUUCGGGGUGGCGGGGGGACGGCAGCGGAGGGGAGCUCCGGUUUGGGGACGGAAGGAGACGCAAGCCAAGCAGAGGCGGGAGCCAGGAAGGAGGAGAUGGGAGAGCUGGCCAAGGAGCUCAGCGCCACCCGGGAGAAGUACCAGGCGGCCCUAGCGGAAGUGAAGCUCCUCCAGGAACAGAUGGAGCUUGGCAUCUUGUCUGUGGAGGAGAAGGAGCUGUUGGAGAGCUCCAGGACCGAGUUGGAGACGACGAAGACCGCCUUGCAGCAGGCUCGGAUGGACCUUGAGGAGCGAGAGCGGAAGGUGAAGGAUCUGGAGGGACGUCUCAGGACCCAGGAGGAAGCAGCCGUGGAGGAGGACAAGGAGAUGAAGGUCUCCUUGGAUGAGGUCUCCAGGGAGAAGGAGGUCCUGCUGGCAAGGUGCGCUUCCAUGGAGGCCGAGGUGAGGGAGCUGAAGGAGAAGACCCGACAGCUGGAAGAGGAAGGGAGUCGGAGCCUGAGGGAGGAAGCCGGCCAACUGCGGAGCCAGCUGGACACCCUUGAGGGGCAGCGCCGGGCGGCCGAGGCUGAGGCGGAACAGCUCCGGAAAGGCCGUGAGAUGCUGGCGGAGGAGCUGAGAUCUGCCAAGGAGAAGCUGGCCUCUCAGCGGGAGCAGGAGGACGUGGCGGGCAAGCUGAGGACCUCCCUCUCUGAGGCGGAGAAGAGUCUCUCGGAGCUGAAGAAGCACCACGAGGGCACCUUGAAGGAGUUGGCGGAAGCGCGGGAAGCGGCGGAGACCUGUCGGCGUGGGUCGGUGCCCCUUGCUGAGCACGCCCGGGCCAAGGAGGCGCUGGAGGGGACCCUCUGGGAGCUGAAGGCCAAGUCGAAGCUUCUGGAGCAAGAGCUGAAGGCCAAGGACCAGGAGACCGUGGGGCUCAAGGAAGAGCUGGAGGUGGUGUUGAAGGGAGCCGUCUCGAAGGAGGCUCACGAGGAGCUCCGCGCCCGGCUGCAGGCCGAGGCAGACGCACUGAGUGCCAAGCUGGCCGAUUUGGGGCGCAAGCACGAGCGGACCUGCACAGAGGUCUUCCAGGUCCAGCGAGAGGCGCUCUUCAUGAAAAGCGAGAAGCACGCAGCCGAGGCGCAGUUGGCGGCCGCCGAGAAGCAGCUGCAAGGCUUGCGGGCCGAGUCGGAGCGGAUCCGAGAACUGCACAGCCACAUCGAGGACUCGGCCAAGCUGGUCAAGGAAAAGGACCGCAAAGUGAGUGCGGGCGUGCAUACGCUCCGAGGAGGAGCAGACACAUCUAUUUGGGUUUGGGAAAUAAAAUCGGAAGGCUUCGUCUCUAGAAGCCCGCCAAUAUUUACAGGUGAAACUCGAAAAAUUAGAAUAUUGUGGGAAAGUUCCGUGAUUUCAGGCAUUCAACUUGAAUGGUAAAACUAAUAAAUGAGAUUGACUCGUGACAUGCAAAGCGAGAUGUGUGUCUGCUUCUCAGAGGUCCAAUCUCGUUCGAUUUGCAGUCCUUGUUUUGCUGAUUUCCUUGAAUAUUCUAAUUUUCUGAGAUGGUUAAUUUGGGGUUUUCACCAGCUGUACGCCAUGAUCAUCACAAUUAUCACAAAUCAAGGCUUGACAUAUCUCACUUUGCAUGUCACGAGUCUAUCUCAUAUAUUAGUUUCACCUUUCAAGUUGAAUUACUGAAAUCAAGGAACUUUCCCAUGAUAUUCUAAUUUUUCGAGUUUCACCUGUAUUUAUUUGGUUGGUUUUUCAAACUGAAAUUUUGCAAAUGCAGUCAUACCUCGGGUUACAGACGCUUCAGAUUGUGGUUUUUUUGGGUUACGGACCCGCCAAAACUCAGAAGUACCGGAACGGGUUACUUCCAGGUUUCGGUGGUCGCGCAUGUGCAGAAGAGCUAAAUCGCGCUUUGUGCAUGCUCAGAAGUGCCAAAUCGCAACCCACGCAUGUGCAGAUGUGCCGCUGCGGGUUGCGAACAUGCAUCCCACAUGGAUCAUGUUCGAAACUUGAGCGUCCACUGUACAGUGGUACCUUGGUUCUCAAACUUAAUCUGUUCCGGAAAUUCCGUUCCAAAACCAAAGCGUUCCAAAACUCAAGGGGCGCUUUCCCAUGGAAAGUCAUGCAAAACGGAUUAAUCUGUUCCAGACUUUUAAACCCCUAAAACAGCCAUUUAACACGGACUUCACUAUCUAAUGAGAUCAUCGAUCCAUAAAAUAAAAACAAUAAUCCGGGCAUAGGCAAACUCCGGCCCUCCAGAUGUUUUGGGACUACAACUCCCACCAUCCCUAGCUAACAGGACCAGUGGUCAGGGGUGAUGGGAAUUGUAGUCCCAAACAUCUGGAGGGGCGGAGUUGGCCUAUGCCUGCAAUAAUCAAUGCGCUGCAGUCACAAAAUCAAUCAAUCCAUCAGUAGCUGAACUGGGUUCUUCCGUACAGUCACGAAAACAAAACGAAAAAGAGCUGCCAAAACAAAAACGUAAAAUAAAUAGCAAAAACAGACAGAACUCAGCGUAACACUCAAAACGGAGCACGUUCGGCUUCCAAAAAAGAUUUGCAAACUGCAGUGCUUUCUUCCGGGUUUGCAGUGUCUGGGUUCCAAGUUGUUUGAGUACCAAGGCGUUUGAGAACCAAGGGAUCACUGUAUAACAAACAUAAAUCAUAAAAACAAGUUGACAAAAAUCUCCCGAACUUCCCUCCUCCCCUUUGUGGGUCCCUAUUGCUAAUCAUUUCCUACCGGAAUCUUUUAUAAUAACCCAAAUCUUUUUAUCUCUCCACUGUGUCCAAAAUUUGCCCUUAAACUACAAGCGUUAUUCCAACGCUGCUAAAUUUCGGCUACAGGUACGGAGAAUCAAAUGUCCUGUACACAAAUUUUGCACAGCUUCCAUACUGAAGCUUGCAAGAAGCUGCACCCAGGAACCCUUGCAAAAUAUCUGCAGCAGCUGACGGAUUCGCAGUCGGGGGGGGAGACACGAAAGGAAAAUGGGCUUGGACGGAGGAGGAAAUACCAAAACCCCUUUAGUUUUGCGAUGCUCUUUGAUUGGGGGGAAACGUUGGAAUGGGCGGGCACUGGGAGAAUAAAUUGCCUCUUCGCUGCCUUGCAGAUCACAGAGCUUUCCAAAGAAGUCUUCAAACUCAAGGAAGCUCUGAAUGACCUCUCGGAGCUGUCGGGUGAGGCUUCGGCCAAAGCCACCUCGCCAAAGGUGGAGUCGCGGCAAGAGGUUGCAACUCUCCAGGGCAGAAUCCGAGAUCUGGAGCAGCAGCUGGCCGUGAGUAUCUCGCGGGGGCUGGCUUGUUGGGGAAGGGGACGAUGGGGGCCCCCCCCGUUGUUGUUGUUUAGUCGUUUAGUUGUAUCCGACUCUUGGUGACCCCCUGGACCAGAGCACGCCAGGCCCUCCUGUCUUCCACUGCCUUUCGCAGUUUGGUCAAACUCAUGCUGGUAGCUUCGAAGACACUAUCCACCAUCUCGUCCUCCAUCGUCCCCUUCUCCUUGUGCCCUCCAUCUUUCCCAACAUCAGGGUCUUUUCCAGGGAGUCUUCUCUUCUCAUGAGGUGGCCAAAGUCUUGGAGCCUCAGCUUCAGGAUCUGUCCCUCCAGUGAGCACUCAGGGCUGAUUUCCUUCAGAAUGGAGAGGUUUGAUCUUCUUGCAGUCCAUGGGACUCUCAAGAGUCUCCUCCAGCACCAGAAUUCAAAAGCAUCCAUUCUUUGGCGAUCAGCACGGCUGACGCAAAUAAAGAUUCAUUCAUUCAUUCUUGGCCGCGGCAUCUUGUAGCAGUGAGUUCCGCCGGCUAGCCGCCCAUCGUUAAAAACGACCAGUUCCUUCCCCAAAAUUCGGCGCAUGGAGUCUUACCAAGAACAUGAUGGGAUUCGGCCGCCCUGCCUGAGUAAUCAGCGCGGCGGAUCCUUGCCUGUGAUGUCACAGUCCCGAGACCUCUUGCCAAAAGGCUUGGCUCUGUAAUUAAUCCUGGCCGAUCCAGAUUAAUUCCUGCAUGAUGAGUCAGUGUUUGGGGAAAGUAAUCUGGGUUUACGGGAUUAAUUACAGAGCGAGCCAAGGGGAGUUCAUCUCUCGCUGACGUCCCCAGAAUAUCGUUACACGCAACUCCUGUUAUAGGAAAAAUUUGGGGUCAGCUUUGGUAGCCCAGCUCCUCAGUGCCCCCUAAAUCGGAGAAGAAUGGUUAGAGGCAGAAUCUAGUGAAAGCAAGGAAAAUAUUUAUUUUUCUGUUGCAACUGAGUUCCGUCCUCCCCCCUCUUGCAAAGAGGUGAGGACCCAGAGCAAAGGUCUUUUUAAAUACUUAUGAAAUUGCCCAGCGAGACCGCCCAAAAAGUAUCCUACACACGUCGCGGAAACAUGCCCUCCGACAUUUCUCCGAUGAACAUAGGGACGUCCCAUUGCAUAAUGAUAAUUUUACUCUUAAUACGCCUCCCCCCAUCUAACUGGGUUGUCCCAGCCACUCUGGGCGGCUUCCAACAAAUAUGAAAAGCAUAAUAAAAUGAAACAUUUAAAAAAACACUUUCCUAUACAGGGCUACCUUCAGACGGCUUGGGGGUCGGAUAACUCCAUCCCCUCCAACAUUUCUCCCAUGAAAAUAGGGACACCCUAUUCCAUCCCCUCCAACAUUUCUCCCAUGAAAAUAGGGACAUCCUAUUCCAUCCCCUCUGACGUUUCUCCCCUGAAAAUAGGGACAUCCUAUUCCAUCCCCUCCAACGUUUCUCGCCUGAAAAUAGGAACAUCCUAUUCCAUCCCCUCCAACGUUUCUCCCCUGAAAAUAGGGACAUCCUAUUCCAUCCCCUCCAACGUUUCUCCCCUGAAAAUAGGGACAUCCUAUUCCAUCCCCUCCAACGUUUCUCCCCUGAAAAUAGGGACGUCCUAUUCCAUCCCCUCCAACGAUUCUCCCCUGAAAAUAGGGACGUCCUAUUCCAUCCCCGCCAACGAUUCUCCCCUGAAAAUAGGAACAUCCUAUUCCAUCCCCUCCAACGUUUCUCCCCUGAAAAUAGGGACGUCCUAUUCCAUCCCCUCCAACGUUUCUCCAAUGAAUAUAGAGAUAUCCUAUUCCAGGGUCAGCAAAGUUUUUCAGCAGGGGGCCGGUCCACUGUCCCUCAGACCUUGUGGGGGGCCGGACUAUAUUUUGAAAAAAAUAUAUGAACGAAUUCCUAUGCCCCACAAAUAACCCAGAGAUGCAUUUUAAAUAAAAGGGGACAUUCUACUUAUGCAAAAACACGCUGAUUCCUGGACCUAUGCCUGUGUGUUUUCACCUCACGCACCUACAAACAUCAAUUUUAUAUUUGAGACCUUAGAAUUCUUACGACGAUGGCUUGGGGACGUGGUUCCCGGGUUCCCGGGUUUGAAACCUUUUUCCUUUCUGCUUCCAGGAGGCUGAGCGACGGCAUGGCAAUAUCGUUUCUUUGUACAGGGGACACCUUCUCUAUGCCAUCCAGGUGAGUUUACCUGGACCCAGGUGAGCUUACCUGGAAUUUACCUGCCAGGUUGCAGGAUUGGGGCUGGGUAUUUUGGGGGCGUUCAGAGGCUUGGAGGGCAACCCGGAGGGAGACUUUGUCCAUACAGAUCCUCCUUAAUAAUAAUAAUAAUAAUAAUAAUAAUAAUAAUUUAUUUAUACCCCGCCCAUCCGGCUGAGCUUCCCCAGCCAACCGAAUAUUAAAAACACAUUAAAGCAUUCAACAUUAAAAACUUCCCUAAACAGGGCUGCCUAUGAUUCUAAAUAAUAAUAACAAUUUUAAAUAACAAUAACUUUAAAUACCGUAAUAAUAACUUUAAAUAACAACAAUAAUUUUAAAUGAUAAUAAUUUUAAAUGAUGAUGAUACAGUGGUACCUCAGGUUACAUACGCUUCAGGUUACAUACGCUUCAGGUUACAGACUCCGCUAACCCAGAAAUAUUACCUCGGGUUAAGUUCUUUGCUUCAGGAUGAGAACAGAAAUUGUGCUCCGGUGGCGCGGCAGCAGCAGAAGGCCCCAUUAGCUAAAGUGAUGCUUCAGGUUAAGAACAGUUUCAGGUUAAGUACAGACCUCCGGAACGAAUUAAGUACUUAACCCGAGGUACCACUGUAAUAAUAAUAAUAAUAAUAAUAAUAAUAAUAAUAAUAAUAUUUCUCUUUCCCCAGGGACACAUGGAUGAAGACAUUCAGAGAAUCCUCUUCCAGAUUCUGAAGAUGCAAAGACUCCAGGAACAAGGCAGAUGAGAUUCGGGAAAAGAGGACCGCCAAUUUCAAACUGGGGGGGCUUUUCCAUAUUGGAGAACUACUGUCUAGAGAACUCCCUUCCUUUCACGCCAGCCGGCCAGCCCUGCAGUGUGGCACAACUCCUUCCCACUCCCUUCCCCUGGAACGCAAGCCGCCUGCCUCGCCUUCAGUCUUCCUGAACCCCUAUCCUCACGGACUUUGCCUUUUCUGUCCUCGGGGAGCGCCUGCGAGGAAGACUUUGCCCCCCACUUUGCCCCCCAUCACCACCGUCAAAGGCUUUAAAUGGGUCGUUCCAGCAGGCAGAAAUCCACUGCCCUCCAUCACUGCACCUCCCUUCUGCGCAAAGCCGCACCUGUGGAACCUCCGCCUGCCACGACACUGUGAUAGCCCCUACUGCAGAAGGAGGGGGUGCUUGCGGGGUCAGGCGGAGGCCGUUUCUCGCCAGGGGCAGCGCGGUGUAGCGGUUAGAGCCUUUGGGCAACAGAAAUCAAAUAACCCUUUCACUCGCAAAGCUCACCGGGGCAGCCUCUCUCUCUCUCUCUCUCUCUCUCUCUCUCACUCUCUGAACCCAGCCUACUUCGCAGGGUGGUUGUGGGAAUACAAGUGGGGGUGGGGUGGGGUGGGAAAAGGACACAUACAGGCUUUUUGGUGGGGAGGAAUGGGGUAAAGACGGGAGAGUGAGUAAAGAGGGGAAGUGGUUUGGGAAGGAAGAAAGAAAGAAAGAAAGAAAGAAAGGAAGGAAGGAAGGAAGGAAGAAAAAAGAAAGAAAGAAAGAAAGAAAGAAAGAAAGAAAGAAAGAAAGAAAGAAAGAAAGAAAGAAAAAAAGGAAGGAAGGAAGGAAGGAAAAAGAAAGAAAGAAAGAAAGAAAGAGAAAGAAAAAGAAAGAAAGAAAGAAAGGAAGGAAGGAAGGAAGGAAGGAAGGAAGGAAGGAAGAGCAAGGGAGGGAGGAAGGGAGAAAAAAGAAGGAAGGAAGGAAGGAAGGAAGGAA